AUGGUAAGAGGAACCAGCCCCCAAGACUUUUAUCAAUGUCCAAGUAUCCUCCAUGGGCCGACAGAUACUCCAUUGCUCUCAAUGACCCUGAGCAGCUUCCUGGAUUUACAAUGUACUCGAUAUGGCGACCGAGAGUGCCUGGUAUUUCCCUGGACGGGCACGAGAUGGACGUACAAUGACCUCCAAGAGGAGAGUUCCCUGCUCGCACGCUACCUGCUGGCAAGGGGAAUUCAACGGGGCGACCGAGUGGCCAUUCUCGCGGGAAACAGAGCAGAGUAUGCGGCGGUGAUAUUCGCGUGUGCGCGGAUCGGGGCCGUGCUAGUGAUUCUGAACAACACGUGGACGUUGCAAGAAGUUGAGCAUGCCCUAUCCUUCACCGAGUGCAAGGUCCUGUUCGCGACGCCCUCGAUAGGACGAGUGGAUAAUACGGCCAUGAUUCGACGAUUAAGUGAAGAAGGAAACGAUCGAUUGCCCAGGCUCGAGCAGGUGCUUGUCUUAUCCGGUGAAAUGGAUGGCCUGGAGGAUUACCAGGGCGCCGUCCUGAUCGGUUCACGACUUCCAGCGGACGCUGUCCGAGAGACUCAGGCCAGUCUGUGUCCAUACGCCACCUGCCAGUUACAAUUCACCUCCGGGUCAACGGGACAUCCAAAGCCGGCCAUGCUCACGCACACUGGCCUGCUCAACGACGCCCGCUUCCUCGGCGACCGCAUGGCGUUCACCCCCGACGACGUCCUUUGCUGUCCUCCACCCCUCUUCCACGUCUUCGGCAUCGUCAAUGGUCUCCUCGCGGUCAUAUCUCACGGCGCAAAGGUCGUUUGGCCCUCAGACGUCUUCGACGGCCCUUCUGUCCUGCGCGCCAUCACCGACGAACGCUGCACCGCCAUUCACGGCGUGCCAACAAUGUUCGACACUCUCUUCCGCCUUCCACGCCCAGCCAACUUUGACUGCUCUCGCCUCCGAACAGGCAUCAUGGCCGGUGCGGCCGUCCCGCGACACCUCAUGGACCUCGUCGUCAAAGAUUUUGGUAUGACAGAAUGGACCAGCAGCUACGGGCUCACGGAAGCCUCGUCCGCCUGCUUCAACGCUUUCACCAACGACCCCAUGGAGCGGCGAUUAAACACCGUUGGGAGGAUAAUGCCACACGCACACGCCAAAAUCGUGGACUGCCAAGGCCGCAUUGUGCCCGUGGGGACUCGAGGCGAGCUGUGUAUAGCGGGUUAUCAGAUUCAGCAAGGAUACUGGCGGAACCCGACCGCGACGGCGGAAGCGAUGGUGAGGGAUCAAAAUGGAGUGACUUGGUUGCGCACGGGCGAUGAAGCGGUCUUUGAUGAACAAGGUUACUGUAGGAUCACGGGCCGAUUGAAAGAUAUCAUCAUUCGGGGUGGAGAAAACAUUUACCCACUUGAGAUUGAAGAGCGACUGGUCAAGCACCCGGCUGUCGAUCGCGCCGUGGUGGUCGGCGUGCCGCAUGCGAGGUUGGGAGAGGUUGUAGCGGCUUUUGUGGGAGCCGCAAAUUCAUCUUCCUCUCCCAGGCCAAGUGCAGAUGAGUUAAGGGAAUGGACGAGACAGACCCUUGGUCGGCAUAAGGCGCCCGUGUAUGUGUGGUGGCUUGGUCAGGAGGGAGUCCCGGCUGAAGUGCCCGUGACGGGAAGUGGGAAGGUGAAGAAGCAUGAGAUGCAGAAAAUUGGACAGAAGAUCCUUGCUGCAAAGGGCGCGACUCAGUUUGCGGCCAAACUCUGA